CAGGCCGCUCGGGCCGCCGCUGCUCCGGGAUUUUAAGGAAACGGAUUGCCGCGGUUCGUUCCCGGUCCCCCGUCCGCCCUCCGCACGGACCUGGCGACUAGGGCGCGUCCCGCCUGUCAGCCAGUGUGCCUCUCCCUCUGAAGGGUAACAGUUGACCUUUUCUACUGUACUGCUGGGGUACCACAAAAAUUUUGCCAUCACACAGUCUUCAGGCAUCAUCCUUACUGUAUCCACUGUUGUCCAGAGCUGCAGGUCUGGGGAUCAAGCCCAGUGCCUUAUGCGUGCUUGGGAAGUGCUCUAUUAUUGAGGCAGUCAGCUGUGAGCCCAGCCUGAUCUCUUGGUUGAAGGAAGUAGAGUUGGCAAUAAUGGAGCGAAGUGUUCUCCAAGAAUGGGAAAUGCACCUUAAAACCAAAGCGACAGCACUUGAGCAGGAUAUAUUUUGGUCAGAUGCGUCAAGUAGCAUACAACUGGCAGAAAGCAACAGUGGAGGGGAGCUCUGUGACUCCAAGCAUGUUGGAGAAAUCUUCAGUGAACACUCACACCUUCAGACACACACUAUUACUCCAAAUACAGAGAACAGUUCUGAGUGUAAUAGGUAUGGGAAAGACUUCCUUCCACUGCUCAAGGAAACCUCUGCAGAAGAGAAACUAUCUCUGUUGAUUAAACAUGAAGACGCCUUCACCCUGAGUCCAAACAAUGAUUACCAGACAACUUGCACUGAAGACAAAUCCUUCGAAUGCAGUGAUUGGGGGAAAACCUUUGUUAAUCAACCACACCUUCAGGCAAAUGACACAGCUCAUGAUGGUGAAAAACUUUAUGAGUGGGAGCAGUGUGAGAAAGUUUUUAGUCAGUCCACAAGCUGUUCUACCCAUGUUCAAACACACACUAUAAAGGAGCCCUACGGAUGUGGGGAUUUCUUCACAUAUCCUUUCUACCUGAAUAAUAUGGGAAAUCACACUUGGCAGAAACCCUAUGAAUGUAAGGAAUGUGGGAAAACCUUCACUGUGCACUCGGCCCUUACUUCACAUUUACGAAGUCACAAUAGGAAGUCUUACGAUUGUAAGGAAUGUGGGAAAGUGUUCACUAAAUCCUCAGGGCUUAUUGAACAUAUGAGAAGUCACACAGGAGAGAAACCCUUUGCAUGUGACCAGUGUGGGAAGGCCUUUGCUUCUUCUUCAUAUUUGAUCGCACAUUUGAGAACUCACACUGGAGAGAAGCCCUACGAGUGUAAGGUGUGUGGGAAAGCAUUUACUCGUUCGUUUUACCUUCGCAUUCACAUGCGAACUCACACUGGAGAGAAACCUUAUCAAUGUAAAGAAUGUGGGAGAACCUUUGCUGUGCGCUCAUGCCUUAAUAUACACACACGGACGCAUACUGGGGAGAAGCCCUACAAGUGUAAGGAAUGCGGAAGAGCCUUUACCAGCUUUCGUCAACUCACUGAACAUAUGAAAACUCACACUGGUGAGAAGCCCUUUGAAUGUCAUGUUUGUGCGAAAACCUUUAGAAAUUCCUCAUGCCUUAAGAAGCACUUUCGAAUUCACACCGGAGUAAAACCGUAUAAAUGUAAGGAGUGUGGCAAAGCUUUCUCUGGGCAUACUGGCUUUACUACACACAUGCUGACUCACACUGGGGAGAAGCCAUAUGAGUGCAAGGAAUGUGGCAAGGCCUUCACUACUUCCUCACACCUUCUUGGACAUCUAAGAAGUCACACAGGAGAGAAACCCUUUGACUGUCACCAAUGUGGGAAGGCCUUUGCAUCUUCCUCUUAUCUUACUGUCCAUUUGAGAACUCACACUGGGGAGAAGCCCUUUGAGUGUACAGUGUGUGGGAAAACAUUUUCACGUUCUUCCUAUGUUCGCAGGCACAUGCGAACUCACACUGGAGAGAAACCUUUUGAAUGUGAGGAAUGUGGGAAAGCUUUCAGUGAGCGCUCGGGCCUUACUAAACACUUAAGAACACACACUGGGGAGAAGCCCUAUCCGUGUCAGCAAUGUGGGAAAGCAUUCAUAAGCUUUUCUCAAGUUACUGAACAUAUGAAGACUCACACUGGUGAGAAGCCCUUUGAAUGUCAGGUCUGUGCAAAGUCUUUUAGAAACUCCUCAUGCCUUAAGACUCACUAUCGAAUUCACACUGGAAUAAAACCAUAUACGUGUAAGGACUGCGGGAAAGCUUUCACUGGGCGUACCAGCUUUACUACGCAUGUGCUGACUCACACUGGGUCCAAGCCAUAUGAUUGCAAGGAAUGUGGCAAGGCCUUCUCAACUUCCUCAUAUCUUAUUGAACAUCUAAGAAGCCACACAGGAGAAAAACCCUUUGAAUGUAUCCACUGUGGGAAGUCCUUUGUUUCCUCCUCAUCUCUUCAUCUACACUUGAGAACUCACAGUGGAGAGAAGCCCUUUGAGUGUACGGUGUGUGGAAAAGGGUUUACAUGUUCCUCCUACCUUCGCAGGCAUGUGCGAACUCACACUGGUGAGAAACCUUAUAUAUGUAAGGACUGUGGGAAAGCCUUCACUGAGUGCUCAGGCCUUUCUAAACAUUUAAGAAUACACACUGGGAAGAAGCCCUAUGAAUGUUUAGAAUGUGGGAAAGCCUUUGGCACUUCAACCCAUUUACGUACCCAUGUGAAAAUUCACACUGGAUAUAAACUGUCUAAAUGGAAGGAAUGUGGAAAAGCCUUCACUAGUUCUGAUCUUAAUGAACAAAUAAUCCCUGGAGAAAAUCACUUUGACUGUAAGGAAUGAGGAAAAUUUGUUAAGGACUCUCAAUUGCUAUCACAUUUGAAUUCAGUCUUGAGAAACUAUCAUGGUAAGCACUGUAAAAGCAUUCAGUUGUCCCCUUUCACCUUAAAGAGAUGAGACACCUCUCACUCUGAAGAUGUCCAAUGAAUAUAAAGAAUGUGGGACAGUCAUUGGACUCUACUCACCAUCCCGCAUGUAAUACCUUACCUGAGAACAUACAGUGUAAGAAACACGGAAACCCUUCGCUGUGUUCCUCAAGGUUUGCUCAGUUUGUGAGAUGUUGCAAUAGAGUGAAAUCCUCUUGAUGUACCAUAUCUGUGUAAGUUGUUCUGUAUGAUGUUCACCUGUGAUCUCACAGUGGAGAGAAACUUUGUAAAAGCAAGAAAUGUGGAAUGGAGAAAAACUUCAUGAAAGUAAGAAGUAUUGGAAUGUCAUUUUUACAUAUUCCUUACAUAUCUCAUACGAAAUGUGAUUCACAUUGAAGAGGAACUGUGUGUGGAAUAUGGGAAAUGCUUCCAUGUGUCCUGAAGUCUUGUGUGCUAAUAUUCAUGGAUUUCUAGAUGGGUAUAUAGGUAACGUUUUUAUUGUUUUGAAUUUUUCAUAUAUUCUAGUAUAAGUGUUUUAUGACUAAAAUUAUAAAUAAUUCCACUUCCACUACAGUUUUCUUUUUUUUAAUAUCUUUGUUGAGGUAUCAUUGACAGCUAAAUAUAAGUGUGCAACCUGAUUUUGAAAUAAUCUGUCACACUGAAGCUAAUUGGUAUAUAUAUCUCUUCCCAUACUUACCUCCUCUCACCAGAUGAUUAUUUUGGGGAGUAAUGAGUACUAGGGCUCCAGCCUAGGUCUUUAUGUUAGGCAAGCAUUCUAGCACUGAGCUCCCCAGCCCCCAUACUUUUGUCAUGUUAUGAAAACACUUUGUACUGUCUUAAAUUUCAUAUAUACAGUACAUUAUUGUUACCUGUAGACAGCAUUCUGUACAUAAUAUCUCAAGUACUCAAAUAUCCUAUAAGUGAACUUUUGAACCUUUGACCCUUUUGUCACAACUCUCAGCUUGUCACUGCUCUUGUAAUCUCUGCUUCAGUGAGUUUUACAGUUUUUUUUUUGGUGAGGUCAUACAGUCUUUUGGUUUUUUUGGGUUUUUUUGGUGGUAUUCUGGUUUGAACUUUGGGCCUUGUUCUUGCUAAACAAUUGAGCCAUUCACCUAACCCUAGAUUUUUUUUUUUACCAUUUUGUUUUCUUUAUUUGUGACAGUAUUGCUGUGUAGUCCAUAUUGGGCUUAAACUCCUGAUCCUCCUGCUGGGAUUACAGGUGUUUGCCAUCACACCUGGGUAGUUUUAUCCAUGUGUUGGGACACAAGUAUUUCCAUACAUUCACUAUUAAGAAUACUGCUGCUGAGCCAGGCACAGUGGCAUGUCCUCACUAUUUAGGAGGGUGAGGCAGGAGGAUUGUUUGAGGCCUGCCUGGGCUACAUAGUGAGACCCCACUACACACUCCAAAAAAUAUUGCUGCAGUGAACACAGGCAAAUGGAUGUCUCAG